GCGCAUGUUUGCCAUUAUCACAAUAGUCCUGGGCCGUGCAGGACAAGGGAGGGGGAUAUGCAAAGGAGAGAGCGCAGGUCAAUGCUGCAUACAAGUAACGAGUGAGGGGGGAGAACAGCGAUGGCGGCCGCGACCUUCAAGGGGACCUCCGGGGUAGACGGUCCAGCGGCUGUGAGAGGGAAGGAGCGAGCAGAUGCACGCCCGUCGUGAGGAAGGAGUGAUCUAGCGCGACCCUUGAUCAUUCUCCCACUCCAUUCAAUCACCACGCGUCUUGCUCCUCUCCUGGACCGGUAGCACGGUCCCUCUUACCUCGCUUUGGCUGGUCAGCAGGCUGCUCCUCUCCGAUGCCCUCGCCUGUCGCUUGACGUGUCGGGAGUCGGGACCGAGGGUGUGCGCUUGACGGGGGCGCGCGGCGCGCGUCAUGGGAUCCGCGGGCGGGUGGCUGUGCGCUUUCCGCCUGCCUCUGCUCCUGCUCUUAUGUGCGUCGCUGGCGCGGGCUGGACGGUGGCGCGGUGUUGUCCGUCCGUCGACCGCCGGCGCCCCUCUUCGCCCCUCUCGCACCCCUCCCUUGGCGGCCGUCACGUCACACGCGGACUUGAACCGCGACGUUUCCUUUUCGAGCGAGAAUUCGAGAAACGACGUGUGCCAUCGCUGUUGAACGCGAUUUUUGACUCCUUUCGAUUUGGGUCCUCGGACUGCCCGGGAUGUGUACUACCCGUGAAUGCAAGAUGAUUUGUAGCUUGACUGACCGAUUCCUGCACUCCCCGAUUUUAGGUGCCCUCAGCAACUCU